AUGGCUCCUAUUCGAAAUUCUGCUGUUAUCUUUGCUGAAAUUCCUUCUGGUUAUCCAGAAGUUGGUAAGCAUAUUAAAUAUGUUAAAGAUCGAACAAUUGAUCUUGAUACUGUCGAUACACAAGGUGGUAUUGUCACAAAAAACCUUGUCAUAUCUAUUGAUCCAUACAUGCGAGGUCGAAUGAGAGCAGCUGACAAAAAAAGUUAUUCACCUCCAUUUGAACUUAAUCAACCAUUAACAAAUUUUUUUGUUGGAAAAGUUGUUAAAACUGAUAAUUCAAAAUUUAAAAUUGGUCAAUAUGUUUAUGGAUUUGGAGGUUAUGAAGAAUAUACAGUUCACCCAAAAGCUCAAACAGAUGCACUUCGAAUUAUAAGUAGUGAAGAACUUAAACUUGGUUUGCCUUUAACAACAUGGGUAGGAGCCGCUGGAAUGCCUGGACAAACAGCUUAUCAUGGAUUUUAUCAUAUUGGAGAACCAAAAAAAGGCGAAACCAUUUUCAUAACUGGUGCAUCUGGUGCUGUUGGUCAAAUUGUUGGACAACUCGCUAAACGUGAAGGUUUGACAGUUAUUGGAUCAGCUGGUUCAGAUGAUAAAGUAAAAUGGCUUCAAACUGAACUUAAUUUUGAUCAUGCAUUUAAUUAUAAAACGGCUGAUGCAAAAGCUGAACUUGCUAAAUUUGAUCCAUUGAAUAUUUAUUUUGAUAAUGUUGGUGGUGAUCAACUUGAAGCAGCACUUGAUGCUGCUGCUAAUUAUGCACGAUUUAUUGAAUGUGGAAUGAUUUCACAAUAUAAUCAACCUGAUUCUCAUGGCAUUCGAAAUCUUAUGGCAGUUGUUGGUAAACGAUUAAAACUUCAAGGUUUUAUUAUCUUAGAUAAAGCGAAAGAUCCAAGUUUUCAACAAGAAUUUUAUUCAAAAGUUCCAAAAUGGAUUGCUAAUGGAGAACUUAAAGUAAAAGAAGAUGUAACAAAAGGUUUAGAACAAGCUUCGGAAGCACUCGUUGGAAUUUUUCAAGGAAAAAAUUUUGGAAAAGCUGUUAUUCAAAUAGCUGACGAUUGA